AUGUACUCGAUUCGGUCACACUAUACCGGAACCACAUGUGACGGCACCCCGUACAUUGUGACUGCAGAGGUGAAUACAGCGUGUACAAUGAACGAGACAUGCUCAGCUUUCGAGGGUAAUACAAGCACCAUAAGUGUCGACAUGGUUUCGAUGGAGUGCACGACCGACUACACCACAGUAAUGCGAGAAAAAUUUGGCGAUUCCCCGUACGUUUUGCAGGUCAGUUAUCAAGAUGAAAGCUGCUCCACGUUCAGCUUUGGUUACGGGUUCCCAGCGUCAGGGAACUGUGAGGGUUCGUUCAAUCUGACAGAUAGUUACUAUGUCAUCGGUAGGCUCAACACCAACGGAUCCACAUCACUGGAGUAUUUCUCGGCGGAUCCCUGUCUUUCGGAUUCCUGGUAUAUGACACAAGCCGCAAGCCAAGAAACACUAACGAGCCAUUCGUGCGACGCAAACCGGUUCAAAUGGUACAGCAGCAACGACGUUACCAACAACUCUGGCAUCAGCGGACUUACAAUAACAUUCACUACUCUAAUCGGAAUCGGCGUUGGGCUCCUCAUUAUUGUGCUCAUUGGCGUGACAUUAGUAUUCUGCAGACGCCGUUUAAUGGCGAAAAGGAUUGAGAGACAAUCGAAGUGGCCAACAGGUCCCUCGGAAGUUGUGAACUUGAAUGGAGUUGUAUUGCACGGCCAGACUGGGCUGUGGAACGACGACGUCAUCACGACCAAGAGAAUCCCACGAGACAAAGUUCUGGUCAAGAAACUUAUCAGUCGUGGGGCGUAUGGUGAAGUUCACGCUGGACUGUUUAAUAACCACCAAGUUGCCAUCAAGAUGUUACUCCCUGCUUCACGAGGAAGCCUCGAAUAUGUCAACGAGUUCCUCGCGGAAGCGAAGAUGACUGCUACAUUGGAUCAUCCGAACAUCGUGACGUUUAUUGGCGUUGCGUGGGACUCGCUCUCCGACCUUUGUGUCGUACUAGAAUUCAUGGAAGGCAGCGACCUCAGAUCACUUCUUAACAAGUACCAAGCCUCCAAUCAACCUGUGGGAUUUAACACGGAGAAACUCACUAUUGCGCUCAAUGUGUGUCAAGCACUGACAUAUCUCCACUCGCUUAUGCCUCCGGUUAUCCAUCGAGAUCUCAAGUCGAGAAAUGUGCUGCUGGAUGGCAAGAUGAAGGCGAAGCUAUCGGACUUUGGGAUCUCCCGCGAGCGUCUGGAUCGCACUAUGACGGCGUGUGUUGGGACUUCACUCUGGAUGGCUCCGGAGGUGAUGCUGGGAGAGAGAUACGACGUCAAGGCCGACAUGUUCUCGUUUGGAGUGGUGUUAUCGGAGUUGGAUGUUCAUACGAUGCCGUACGCAAGAGUAUCGAAAGAUGACUUGGGCUCAAGUGGUCGUGAGAUGGCAAGUGUGACGCUGUUCCAGAAAAUAGCAUUGGGAACAGUACAGGUGGAGUUUUCAGACGCAAGUCCUCGAUCGAUUGAAGAACUAGGACGUGCGUGCAUGAACAUCGACCCAAGUGAGCGUCCAAGCGCCGCUGAGGCGAUGUACAGGCUUCAAGUUAUCCUGACCCGUCUGAAGUAG